AGAAGGAGGAGGAGAAGGAGGAAGGAGGGAGCAGCGACGCCGGGAGCAGCGGCCCAGGGGGGAAAAACCACUCACCAGUGCCUGUUUUCCUGAAAUAGGGAGGAAGGUAUGCUUCAGCCACUGCAGCGAAGGAGCAAUACCAAGUCUGAAAGAUCAGCAGUAAACAAAGGCAGAGUGAAGAAUUUGCCACGUCGUGACUGAAGGUAGAAGAAAAAAAAAAAAAAAAAACCAUAGGGAGAUCAGCUCAGCAGCAGAUAUUCCACAUUUGUGGAAUCCAGAGGCUUUGUGGGAGAUCUUUGUUGUCCGUUCAGAAGAACAGAAAAAGCUGUCACACGUCCAUAAUUGUGUCACCUAAAAUCUGGUACCAGCCRUAGUGUAGAUGGCUCAGCUUCCUCCUGGGAUUCGUUUCAUCACUUCAUUUUCACGAGAUCAGUGGUAYAGAGCUUUCAUUUUCUYUCUCACUUUCCUGCUAUAUGCCAGCUUCCAUCUGUCAAGGAAACCAAUUAGUAUAGUGAAGGGAGAGCUGCAUAAGCAUUGUGCUGCUUCACCUGAAGUUGAGCAGGACUCUUACAAAGAAUAUGCUGCACAGAUCCAGCCUGUCAAAAAGCCAUUUAAUGCCUCUCAGUGUGGUUGGGAGCCAUUUGAUAAGAGCAACUACAAACAGUUACUGGGAGCGCUGGAUUACUCAUUUUUGUGUGCAUAUGCAGUUGGAAUGUAUUUAAGUGGACUCAUAGGAGARCGGCUGCCCAUCCGGUACUAUCUGACAGGGGGGAUGCUCGCCAGUGGACUCUUCACUGCAAUGUUUGGAUUGGGUUAUUUCUAUAAUGUGCACAAUCUGUGGUUUUACAUAAUUGCCCAGAUAGCUAAUGGGUUGGUGCAAACCACUGGCUGGCCGAGUGUCGUUACAUGUAUUGGCAACUGGUUUGGAAAAGGAAGGAGAGGUUUGAUCAUGGGAGUCUGGAAUUCACACACUUCAGUGGGGAAUAUCUUGGGAUCCUUGAUUGCUGCUUACUGGGUGUCCACGUGCUGGGGUCUCUCCUUUGUGGUGCCUGGGGUCGUCGUGGCUGUGAUGGGGAUUGUUUGUUUCCUGUUCCUUAUUGAACAUCCUAAAGAUAUCAGUUGCUCCUGCACACCAUCCAGUCAUGGUCGUGAGCCCAGUAUUUCURCAGAGUUUGUAGUGAGUUCUAAAACCUUCCUGAACGGCUCCUCUCGGUGCAGAAUCCAGAUGCCAACCUUAAAUGCUAAGGAAAAUGGCAAACCUCAGGACCCGGAGAUGCAGCAUUUACUCACUGACUCUGAGAACUGCAGUGGGGCCACCGGGGAAGGAAGGCAUGGGACAUCAGCCAUCAGCUUCCUGGGGGCCCUGAGGAUACCUGGAGUCGUGGAGUUCUCCCUUUGUCUCCUGUUUGCAAAGCUGGUGAGCUAYACUUUCCUCUUCUGGCUUCCCCUCUACAUCACAAAUGUAGAGCACCUUGAUGCCAAAAGAGCUGGGGACCUCUCUACGCUGUUUGAUGUGGGUGGAAUCUUUGGUGGGAUUUUGGCAGGUCUCAUUUCGGACAGGCUGGAGAAGAGAGCRUCCACCUGCGGAAUGAUGCUGCUGCUGGCAGCACCCACACUGUACAUGUUCUCUGCAGUCAGUAAAAUGGGCCUUGAGGCUACUGUAGUGAUGCUGCUUAUCAGUGGAGCCCUGGUGAAUGGCCCUUAUGCCCUGAUCACCACUGCUGUCUCUGCUGACUUGGGUACCCACAAAAGCCUGAAAGGAAAUGCCAGAGCCUUGUCCACGGUGACGGCCAUCAUCGACGGGACAGGAUCUGUGGGUGCAGCUUUGGGGCCUCUCCUGGCUGGCCUUAUUUCCCCAUCUGGUUGGAACAACGUGUUCUACAUGCUCAUGGUGGCAGAUGCAUGUGCCUUGCUACUCUUACUGCGUCUUAUCCAGAAGGAACUUCAGUGUCAUGCAGAUCACACCCUAUUUAAAGAGCACUGAGCUACGAGAGCAGAGCUGGGAUGAGGAGAGUGCCAGCAGACAAGGCUCUUCCCUGAAAACCAAACUCUGUGGGACACCUUAAAUACAGAAUAAGAGUUUCUGCUUGGUGAAGAGCUUUGCAUGUUCACUGGGAGCAAUGUGAGACCUGCAGCUGGUAAAUCCCUGGAGCUCUGAUUUUUGCACAUGAAUCAGUACCUCAGGAUGGCACAGUCCAUCAGAAGAAGAGAUGGGGACUUUGGGAAGGUUUCAGCAGCACGCCUCAACUGAGCCAAAGACAAAAACCAAGUGCCUUUUUUAUUUCUUUUGAUAGGAUGUYUUUAAUUGCAGUUAUGAACUGUGUGUUUGCCAAAAAUGGAGGCAAAGCUAGAGCAGGAGGAAGUUGAGAUUUUAGCAGUCUACAGGUGACUGUUCUGGUGUCAGUGAGCAAAGUAUGAGUCUCUUGUGUCAUCCUGUGUACAUUGAGAGCACCACUUUAUAAAGGACAAUAUCAGCUGGUUAUUAAGGUGUGCUGCUAUUAGUGUUUGAAGCUGCUCAGACAAUAAUCACCCCACUGUAUUAGUAGUUUUUAGCUACAGUACUGCUUCCCAAGGACAGCAUCCAGCCUUUUGGUAGGUUAUAAAAUAGAAUUUACUCUUGCUGUGUACUGCAGUUAGCAGUUUUCACAGGUUCUCUGGAUGGAUGUUAGUCCUCCAUUAGGAUUGUGCAAAAAAAAAGGAGUCCUAAGCAACAAAAAUCAGUUUAUGAGUCAGAAUUUCCAGUGGGGGCUCUAAUGAUUUUUCAGGGCAUUAUUGAGGUUGUACAAACGUCACGGAAUUGUGCUGCUCUGCUGGGCUGGGCUGACAUGAGAGGUGUAUUUUUUGGGAGGCAGAGACCUGUGAGCUCAGCAGCACAGGACUGAGCAGAUGGAGCUGCUUUGGUGCCCACUGACACAGAGAUCUCUGGGCACUCGUGAUUUCAGUGUUGGUGUGUGCUCAUGGAAAUCAUCAUCAGAUCAGGGCCUUAAUAUCCAGAAAUCUCUCUCAAGUGACUACUUUCAAGUGGCCCUGGGUUUCAGAUCCGGAGCCAAAAUAUCAGAGAAGAAAAAUUACCUAGGUGGGUGGCAGUUUAUAAGAGAACAUUUGAGUGCUACCCAGCAGGUAGAUGGUUUAAUGUCUUCAGAACAUGUAAUUUCUUUGUACAGCURUCUGCUUUGCAAACAGAAUGUUUCUGUGAUUUUUUUUUAAGAUGUACAAAGUGAAAAGCAAUGKUUUUUUUUGUACGGGGUGUUUAUACUUGGCUCACAAAGAUUAGGUAAUUUAAACUGUGUGUUGUUCUUAAUGGUAUUUAUUGAAGCUCUAGGCCUUCUUGUUCUGUGCUCUGAGUUUUGUGAGACAAGGCAGUAAUCUUGACACUUGAUUAGCAAAAACACUCUGAAAGUGCUGCAAAACAGGCAGGAACUUCCCACCAGCUGCUGGUGUUGUGUUCCCUGUGCUGGCACAACACUGAAUUUCCAGGGCUGUUUUGGAAUUGCUCAGUCUCUGAGUUGCUUCACUGGUUUGAUCCAGCCCGUGCUUCAUGCCUGACUUGAGCAGUGUCAGUGUGCUCGUUUUUAACUGUUUUUUGCUGAGCAGAGCUGCAGGAAUGGCAUCAGAUCCCCAGGGACUUGAGGAAGGUGCCAGGUCCUUGCAGGGAGCUCUGGGAGGGUCCUGUCCCUGCCCUUUCCUGGAUGAAAGGUUCACCUCACACAUUUUGAGCAAACCAGGGGGGAUACUCAAUAGGUGAACUCAAAAAUCUGUGCUGUGCUUGGGCUGUGGUUCAGUGGGACAGAAUUGUGCAAGUAAUGUUACUUGAAAGGACUUGCAUCCCCUUGGAAUGGGAAACUGCCCCUGGAAUUUCAAGCUGCUCCUUGCUCAACCAGGCUGAACUUGGGGCACUGCUGAAACAGCCUCUGAUGGAGCAAAAAUAACAUUGCAACCCCAAAACAGCUGUCCUGGCACAACUUCAGUGGCUUUGUGGAGAGGGAGGGAUGGAUGUAGGACCGCUUCAGCUGGGGAUUCCAAUCCCUUCCCCCAAAAAUAUGUGUAGAGCUUUAUACUUGUUUAUUGAAACAAUUCAAACUCUGCUGCGCUCAGAUUUUGAGAAACUGUUCCCCUGUGGACUGAAGUCUGAGGUUAAAAAAGCUUUUGGUUGUAUUUCUAAAGAUAUUUAACUGUGUUUUGGGUUUUACUUGUUGGGGCUGCUGCUGUUAUUUAUUUAUUUAUUUGAAUAGCUUUGCACUGCAGUGACUCGGGUAUGGGAUAAUGACAAAGUUGGAGGUGCUGGGCUGAUCCUUUCCCUUCCAUCCAUUGUAGGCAGGAGUUGGGAUUCUUGCCCACAUCUACUUCUGUGCUCCUCUGCAGCAUUUCAGUUCCUCCCAGCUACAAAUUUGUGGGACAAAACAGUAAAAGAUUUGUUUUUCUUUUUUCAAAAACCCUAAGGGUGCCCCAGAGAAUGACUAGACUAUGUGUUUUGUUAGUGUCAGGUGUCUGUAUCCAUUAAUCUGGAAAUGGGCAAGGCUGACAGAAUGUUGUGUGUAAAAAUGUGAGUGACCAGUAGGUACAGCCAAAUUUAAAUACAACUGCAGGGUUGGUUUCUUGUUUUUUUUAAUGCUGGUUAUUGUGAAUUUUUUUCCAUUCACACGUCCUGUGUUGAAUAAAAUAGAUUCUGUUCUGAA